GGUGCCGGCGUCUCCGCCACCGUGGACCAGGUCAAUGCAAAAAGAUUCGGCAGAAGUCGGGAGCAAUUCUUUCUGGGUUCCUUAUCGAUCGCUGCCGUCGUUCGGGGCCGUUUUGCAGUCAGGGUCGCUCUGUACGCGCUUCGGCGACGGCCAAUCUCGACUACACUCCUGGGUUUCACUUGCUACAUUUUUUACGGAAGGAUGGGCAAGCCAUGGAGCUUCGUAACCAACAGCAUGAAGACUGCGGCGAGCAAGCGCCAGAUUGUCAUCGAGGGCGAACGAGACUGCCACGCGCCCAUCAAGAGCUACGUCCACGACAAGCUCUCUGGGGUUGCUGCCGCUGUGUACCAUGACAAGCCUGACAAGGGCGACGACCUGCUGACCGUCGUGCCCCCCGCAGACAAGGUGGUCUGCUGAUAUCCACUUGGGGGACACGCCCGUCUGAACACUUGGCCAGCCCCGCGGACAGAGGGGAGCCUUGCAGCACCGGAGAGCGCCUGACGCUUUUUCUGGGGAGUGCUCCUCUGAAGCCCUGGCGACUUCGGCUGUUACCUCAUCGAGAAGAGAUGGGCGUGGAUUAGUGACGGGUCCGUUUCCAUGGGAAAUCGCGAAUUUCCGCCGCCGAGCGAGGCGGCACCGGCCGCAUUUUGGGGAGGCCACCUCCCCCAUCGGGCCCCUGCUGCUCCCGGUGACGGCCGUUGCCGCGAGUCGUGAAGAGCGCGCUCCUGCCCCGCGCGGCCUGGACCAGCGCCAUUGUGCGCUGCCAGCCGAGGCUUACCUUUCUCGGCAUCUUUAGCAGGCUAGCCUGGUAGAGCCGACGAGGCGCGCUCUCCGUGGACGAGGGG